UCUGAAAAAAAAGCUAUUUCUUCAGGCUCCACCUUCAGAGACUCACUUCAUUGGAAGAAAGCAAGGUACCAGUCUGCUGUAGCACUUGCAGAAAGUUUCAUACCUACCCCAGCUGCAUUCAGACUACCCACAGUCAGCUGGAAGUUUUCUGUUGCUGUAAGCAAAAAUGCCAGCAAGAUCCACUGCUCAGCUGGCAUGGCUCUGCAUCGUCACUGUGUCUGUGGCAAUCUACCCAGCACUGCUGCAGAAGCCUCCUAAAAGGAGAAUGAUCAAUGGGAAUGCACAGUCCAAGAUGACAGGCUGCUGCGAUGAGAUUAAGGAGCUCAAGUUGCAAGUAGCCAACCUGAGCAGAAUGCUGCAGGAGCUGAGCAAGAAGCAGGAGGGCGACUGGGUGAACGUGGUCAUGCAGGUGAUGGAGCUGGAAGGGAGCACCAAGCAGAUGGAGUCCCGCCUCAUUGAUGCUGAGAGCAAAUACUCCGAAAUGAACAACCAGAUAGAUAUCAUGCAACUCCAGGCAGCUCAGACGGUCACACAAACUUCAGCUGUAGAUGCCGUCUAUGACUGCUCAUCACUUUAUCAGAGGAACUACCGAAUCUCUGGUGUUUACAAGCUACCUCCUGAUGAAUUUUUGGGGAGUCCAGAUCUGGAGGUGUUCUGUGACAUGGAGACAGAUGGAGGGGGCUGGACUCUCAUCCAAAGACGUAAAGUUGGUUUGACAUCUUUCAAUAGGGACUGGAAACAAUACAGGGAAGGAUUUGGCAAUAUUCGGGGAGAUUUUUGGCUGGGAAAUGAAAAUAUCUACCGACUUUCAAGACGCCCCACUGUUCUGCGAGUGGAGUUGGAGGACUGGGAAGGUAACAUACGCUACGCGCAAUAUAAGCAAUUCACCCUGAGCAAUGAAAUAAAUAGCUAUCGUCUUUUUGUGGGAAACUACACUGGCAACACAGGGCGUGAUUCCCUAAGGUACCACAACAACACAGCCUUCAGCACGAAGGACAAGGACAAUGACAAGUGCGUGGAUGACUGUGCCCAGUUCCGUAAAGGUGGAUAUUGGUACAACUGCUGCACGGACUCCAAUCUGAAUGGGGUUUACUACCGCAAAGGAGAACACACCAAGAACAUGGAUGGCAUCACCUGGUACGGAUGGCAUGGAUCAACCUAUUCAUUGAAGAGAGUUGAGAUGAAGAUCCGGCCAGAGGAUUUCAAACCAUAGAGGGAAGCAAUAUUUGAUUGUACAGCUACAUGAUGCCACUGCACAGAAGGUGGGCAAUGGACAGCUCAAAAACAGCCAAAUAAUUAUUUGUUUCAUCAAAUAUUUGCAACAGCUACAUACUGGCUACAUACACACACAAACACUAAGGCACACUAAGCACCAGCCAUAGCCACUACUGUCAUCAGGGCUCAAACUUACUUCUUCCUCUUACGGCUCUUUCCAAAGGGAAAAAUACAGUGUUAGAAUAGAUUAGCUAGAACGCGCUUACAGCACCUUUAGAAAACCUACUAUUGUUUUUUCACUAGCACUGUGACUAGUGGGUUGCCUUAGUAUUAACCAACUAGGCAGGGACUGAAAAAAGAAAGCCUCCUUGUUGCCUUUCCUUCAGGGUUUAGAGUAAGCGUUGCCGAGUAACUCCUUCCAAGAGGGACUCAAAUCACAAAAGUCACAUAUUUGUUUCAAGCCAGAGCAAUCAGUCAGAAGCAUCCCUGAUGCACUUUUCUUUAGUGUAUAGUAAGUGGCUUACAUUCCCACAGCGGAAAAAAAUUAAGCUCAAAAAUUUUGAAUUAACUAGUAUCGCCCAGGUUCUCUCCUGAAGCUUUACUGCCAUCUCCUGCUGCUGCCCCAAGUAAGUCCCCACAAGGGGCUGCACCCAGCAGAUAGUAACCCUGGAGGUAGGAUUUGUCCCAUAUUCUCUGUGAUGUUUAUUCCUAUCCACGGAUCACCUAAAAGUUGAUAAACUAGAAAAGCAACUUUCCAGGCUGCCACCAAAUUAUGUUCAGGUUAGAAUAUAAGUGUGCUUUAUGUCAGUGAGACUGAGAGAGAAGAGCAGGUGAGCAAAAAGGUGCAGUCCCAGCCACCCAGCCAAAAAAAUCUCAACUCCAAAACUUAAAACCACUGUAUCCAUGAGCAAAACACUAGUACACACCAGACAAUCCAUAAGUGCCAGAAGUUAUUCAAACGUAAGGGAAUGUUUGCUAGUGCACUGCACUGAGAAAUAUUAAAACCUAUUCUGAAAACUACCCUAAUUACAAGUUACCUAGAGAUGUUAUGUCAAAAACCAGUAUGUUUCUCCCUUACAUAACACAGUGUUAAAAGUUACAGUUAAAGAAAGAGACGACUCCUGUAGCCAUACCGUUGUUUGAAUAUGUUGGAAAAGAUAGUUAUAGUUAAUAUAUCUAUUUUUAUUCUCCUUAAAGAGAGUUUGAAUCUAAUUUAAAUUGUUCAGUCUUGUGUGAAACGGGAGAUAAAGGUGUCUCGGGAGUUGCCUUACAUAUGUUUGACUGUUCAUACUGUAAAUUUCAACUCUGUGGAACUAUAGUUGGAACUAUUUA